GGACAUUGUUACAGAGUUACACAGAAUGAUAUAUCUGUGAUGACUGGUGACUCAUUUGUUAAUAGUUUUACUAAUUAUUAAUUACACUUAUCACUUUUUGGAUUUUAGAAUCAUUUUUAAUUUUAUUAUUUAAACUAUUUAGUUUGGGAGAUCCGGACAUCUUCUAGAUGCAAAAGUGCGAACUACGAUUUUGUGAACGUCUAUCUUGUAACUUGUAAUUUUGUAAAUAUUAAAUACUAAAAACUAAAAACGUAAAUUUCUUUACCUACUUAUUAUUAACUAUAUAUUUUUAUCAUCCUAGUCAACCUCGAUAUCAAAUAUAUUACAUUUGAAAAUAAUUACAAAUAAAAAAUACUACUGCCCUAUAGAUAUUAACUUUUAAAACAUGACAUCGCUAUUGCAUCAGAUGUGUAACAUCAAUAAAACUGCAAGAAUUAGCUCACUCAACAUUUAUAAACAAUUUCUAUGUACUAAAUCUGAUGACCCAAUCCAAUCUCAUAUAGGAAAAUUAGUGAAGGGUAACAAAAUUGUCGUCUUUAUGAAAGGUGACCCACAAGCUCCCAGAUGUGGGUUUAGCAAUGCAGUUGUUGAUAUUUUGAAUAUUCACAAAGCUAAAUUUGAGGCUCAUGAUGUACUUGUUGAUGAAAAUCUUAGAAAUGGAAUAAAAGAAUUUUCCAAUUGGCCAACAAUUCCCCAAGUUUUUGUAGAUGGAGAAUUCAUUGGUGGUUGUGAUAUUUUGUUGCAAUUGCAUAGGUCAGGCGAAUUAGAUAAAAUACUAGAAAAGAACACUCAAGAAAAGCCUGAAGCAUAAAAAUGUAUAAAAGUGUUAUUAAUUAAUUUAAAAAUUAUGUAGUUGCUUACUUAUUGAAUGAACAAUAAAAGAGUAAAAUGUGCUGUUAUAAAU